AUGAAGUGGAUGGUGGUGGCCCUGGUCUGCCUCCAGCUUCUGGAGGCGUCUGUGGUCAAAGUCCCCCUGAAGAAAUUCAAGUCCAUCCGUGAGACCCUGAAGGAGAAGGGCUUGCUGGAGGGGUUCCUGAGGACCCACAAGUAUGACCCCGCCCAGAAGUACCACUUCAGUGACUUCAGUGUGGCCUACGAGCCCAUGGACUACAUGGAUGCUUCCUACUUUGGUGAGAUCAGCAUCGGGACCCCACCUCAGAACUUCCUGGUCCUUUUUGAUACCGGAUCCUCCAACCUGUGGGUGCCCUCUGUCUACUGCCAGACCCAGGCUUGCACCGGCCACGCCCGCUUCAACCCCAGCGAGUCCUCCACCUACUCCACCAAUGGGCAGACCUUCUCCCUGCAGUACGGCAGCGGCAGCCUCACCGGCUUCUUCGGCUACGACACUCUGACUGUUCAGGGUAUCCAGGUCCCCCACCAGGAGUUUGGCCUGAGUGAGAAUGAGCCUGGUGCCAAUUUUGUCUACGCGAAGUUUGACGGCAUCAUGGGUUUGGCCUACCCUGCCCUGGCCAUGGGAGGGGCCACCACUGCCAUGCAGGGCAUGCUGCAGGAGGGUGCCCUCACCAGCCCAGUCGUCAGCUUCUACCUCAGCAACCAGCAGGGCUCUCAGGAUGGAGGAGCGGUCGUCUUUGGGGGUGUGGACAAUAGCCUGUACACUGGGCAGAUCUACUGGACUCCCGUCACCCAGGCGCUCUACUGGCAGAUCGGCAUUGAGGAGUUCCUCAUUGGUGGCCAGGCCUCUGGCUGGUGCUCCCAGGGCUGCCAGGCUGUCGUGGACACAGGUACCUCUCUGCUCACCGUGCCCCAGCAGUACUUUAAUGCCCUUCUGGAGGCCACCGGGGCCCAGCAGGACCAGUAUGGACAGUUUGUCGUGAACUGUAACAACAUCCCGAACCUGCCCACCUUCACCUUCAUCAUUAGUGGUGUGCAGUUCCCUCUGCCGCCCUCCGCCUACAUCCUCAACAACAAUGGCUACUGCACCGUGGGGGUCAUGCCCACCUACCUGCCCUCUCCGAAUGGCCAGCCCCUGUGGAUCCUCGGGGACGUCUUCCUCAGGUCCUACUACUCCGUCUACGACCUGGGCAACAACAGGGUGGGCUUCGCCACAGCUGUCUAGAUUCAGUGCCCAGA